CUCUCUCUCUCUCUCUCUCGGGUGUCGCCUUGUUCUUCUGGGCAUAUUCUUAUCUUCUUCCUUCCUUUUUGUGUUUUUUCCGGGGGAGAGCGAAAAUCAAUCCUGCCGUCUCGAAAGGAAUCGAAGCGAUCAAUGGCGUCCAACCUGUGGAGAGCGGCGAUCAGAUCGUCGAGAUUGGCAUCGACCGUCGUCGGAAGGAGCUUCAGUAGCGAAGUCCCCCAACCCUCCUCCAAAUUCCCUCUCAUCAGCGAGCACACUGCCAAAUGGAUGCAGGAUACUAGCAAGAAAUCUCCAAUGGAGUUGAUCAAUGAUGUCCCGCCCAUUAAAGUUGAAGGCAGGAUAGUUGCUUGUGAAGGAGACAGCAAUCCUGCGCUGGGGCACCCAAUUGAGUUUAUCUGCCUUGACUUGGAUGAGCCUGCUAUCUGCAAGUAUUGUGGCCUGCGCUACAUUCAGGAGCAUCAUCAUUAGCAACCAAACAUCCCUGCAUGGAUGUCUCGUAUUUGUCUUUGGAUGGUAUGACAUGCCCUUUUCGGAGCGAACUAGUGCAUUUGUAUCGACAAUAAGGGUUAACCCCCCAGAAUCAACCUUGGAAUUGCAUUUGUGAACGGAAUUGUCUUCCUAUUUUCUUAUUAAAUAUCAGUAAUCUUCAGAUACAA